GGCCAGCAGCCAUGGUACCGAACGUGGGAAUCUUUCUCAUCUGCAUUGGUGCCUAUGUAUUUCUCCAAGUGGGCCAUGUGAAUGCAGAUGUGAAAGGGACUUCAAAUACGGCUGCUAAAUCGGGUAACGCAGGAACUCCAGACACAAAAAAUCAGCAGCCUGUAAAGAAUAAUCCUAGCCCUGGCCCGGUGUCUCCGCCGGUUGGAGGAUCAGCAAGAGGGGAUGCCUGUGUUUUCCCGUUUACCUAUGACGGCAAGACUUAUUAUGAUUGCACUCUCCAGGACUCUCUACGCAAGUGGUGCUCUCUAGACGAAAUAUAUUCAGGGAAAUGGAAAUAUUGCACAAAGGAUGACUUUGCCCCAUGUUUCUUCCCCUUUAACUAUAAGAACAAAAUGUAUGACAGCUGCACAACCGAAGGGAGUUUCAUUAGAAGGGCAUGGUGCUCAGUCACUGAAAACUACGACAAGGAUGGAGCUUGGAAGUACUGCUACUAGUAGUAACACAGGAGUGACCCUAUCCACAGCCAUGGAUUCAGUCAAGCCUUUGAACACAAAGCACAGAAAACCAAGACAUCGCAAGCAUGGAGGGCAUACUCUGAG